AUGAAGCAUUUAAUACAUGACGUAGAUGAAGACAUGAAUGAAACUACAGACAAACUUAACUCUUCUCUCAUUCUUCCUUUCAGUAAGGACUAUGAGUUCUGUUCAAAUGGUGUGUAUUUCUAUUGUGGAAAGAUGGGUUCAGGUAAGACAUUUAACCUCAUUCGUCAUAUACUCAUAACAGAACGUUUAGGUCAAGAUUCAUAUUAUGACCAAAUCAUUAUAUCAGCAACUUCAGACUCUAUGGACUCAACAGCGAAAACAUUUAUGUCAAAAGUUCAAGCCUCUGUCGUUAAAGUUCCAGACAGUGAACUCAUUGAAUUUCUUCAACGUUACAUUCGACGUAAGAGGAAAUAUUAUGCCAUCGUUGAAUUUAUACAGUCAGGAAUGCAAAAGACUUCAGAAGAGAUGGAAAGAAUUAUUGACAAACACCACUUACGUCAAUACUCAGGAGUUUACGAUAUGAAACGACUUACAAACUACAUUCU